UCCGGCUGAUACGCCACAGUUGGCGACGAGGAAGCGGCGGCGAUGGCCGUCGGCGGGAUCGGCGAGUAUCAUCUCGGCACAAACGCGUCAUGGGACGAAUACGUCGAGAGGCUAGAAAUGUUCUGCGAAGCUAACAAGAUAGCGAAAGAAGAACAGAAAGGAGCCGUCCUGCUGAGUUGUUGCGGCAAAGAAGCGUACGGGCUCAUCGUGACUCUGGUGAAGCCAGCAAGACCGACAACAGCAACCUACGAGGAAAUUAAGACGGCGGUUCGCAAGCACCUGCAUCCAAGGCCUUCAGAGCUAUACGCAAGGUUUUUGUUCUACAAGAGAAACCAGGCUGCCGAGGAAUCAGUUGCGGACUACGUCACGGCGCUUCGGAAGCUAGCCGAAGACUGCGGUUUUGGCGACGUGCAGCUCCCGAUGGACAUCAUGAUGCGAGAUCGUUUCGUAUGCGGCUUCCAGAACGAAGCAGUUCAACAGCGACUUCUCGCAGAACACGACCUUACGUUCAACGUUGCGUACGACAUGGCCGCGACCGCGGAAGCGACAGCCAAGCAACAACGAGACAUACGGAUGCACGGCCGAGACGAGGCGAAGGACUGCCAGGGCAUGAUACAAGCAACCCGCACGAAGCAAGACGCCACGGCAGAGGGAUCUAGUUGCUACCGUUGCAACGGGACCUUCCUGGCUUCAACGGACCACCAAUUCACAUCGCACUGAAAGACGACGCUCAACCAGUGUUUCUCAAAAGUCGACCAGUUGCACUGGCCCUCAAGGACGACGUGGGCAAGGAAGUGGAUCGCUUGGUGCAACAAGGGGUAUGGGAACCCGUCGCGUACUCCAACUGGGUCACGCCACUGGUAGUGGUAAGAAAAAAAGACGGAACUUUACGCCUGUGCGGUGACUACCGUAGCACCGUAAACAAAGCUAUUAAUUGCAGCGGGUAUCCUUUGCCCACUACCGCUUAAAUGCUCGCAGCUUUGGGUUCAAGCAAAUUUUUUACAAAGCUAGAUCUAGCUCAAGCUUAUCAACAGCUAACGCUAGACGACGAAUCGGCUGAAGUGCUCACAGUUAACACAAUAAAGGGGCUGUACAAAGUCAAACGGCUGCCGUUUGGAAUUUCGGUGGCGCCAUGGGUAUUGCAACGAGUCAUUGAUACGCUACAGUUGACGACGAGGGUGGGACAUUAUCGGCCAUUGAUACGCUGUUAGCAGGCAUUCCCGGCGUGAAAGCCUAUCUUGAUGAUAUCUUGAUUUCUGGCCGUAACGCGGAAGAGCACGCGGAGAGAUUAGAAACCGUGCUAUCGCGUCUGCAGAAUGCGCAGUUCAGAGUAAACAAAGACAAUUGCGAAUUGAACGAGCCGAGCAUUGAAUUCUUGGGUCACAGGAUUGACGCCACGGGAAUACAUCCGAACCGAAGCAAGACUGACGCCAUCCAUAAAGCGCCCGCACCCACAAGCAAAAAAGGAGCUGCAAGCGUUCUUGGGGUUGCUAAAUUUUUACAGCAGUGUUCUCAAGGGCAAGACUGCAGUGGCAGAAUCCCUCUAUCGACUGCUCGACCAUGAGCACGAAUGGAAGUGGACAGGUGAGCACCAACGUGCGUUUGGGAGACUAAAAAAGUGCUUAGCUCCGACUCUGUACUUGUGCCCUAUGACACCAAGCGUCCUUUAAUUUUGUGCUGCGACGCAUCUCCUGUGGGAGUGGGGGCAGUGCUAGCCCAUCAUACGACUGAUGGGAAGGAACAGCCCAUAGCGUAUGCUUCCCGGACGCUUGGAGCCAGUGAACGUAACUAUGCUCAGAUUGAUAAAGAGGGUUUAGCUGUUGUCUUUGGCGUGAAACGGUUCCACCAGUACCUUGCUGGGCGAGAAUUUACGGUCAUAACGGACCACAAGCCAUUACUGGGCCUGUUUAACACGGACAAGAGGGUGCCUGAAGUUGUGUCGCCCAGAAUGCUCCGUUGGAAUUUAUGUUUGUCUGCGUAUAACUACAGCCUUCAGUACAGGCGAGGCCAAGAAAACUCCAACGCCGACGCACUCAGUCGUCUGCCAGCUCCGGGAGACGAAGACGAGCCACAGCCACCUGGGGACGUGCUCCUCUUAGAAGCGGUCGAGUGCGCACCGCUGCAGGCGGCAGACAUCGCUGCGCUGAUCAAGAAGGACAAAGUAUUAUCCAUGGUAAAGGAAUGGAUCCUUAGUGGCUGGCCGUCAACACAACUGGACAGCAAGUUCGCGCCUUACGAGGUGAGGAAGACAGAGUUGUCGUUGCAUCGUGAUUGCAUACUGUGGGGGAAUCGCGUUGUAAUUCCUAACGCAGCAAGAGAAAGUGUGCUUCAACUCCUACAUGCAAAUCACCCUGGGAUGAGUGCUAUGAAAGCGUCAGCUAGAGGGCUCAUGUGGUUGCCGAAAGUGGACCACGAAAUUGAAGAGUUUGUACGACACUGUCGGCCAUGUCAGAGUAACCGGCAAAGCGAUCCCAAGGUUCCAGUGCAUUUUUGGAUCAAGCCAGAUCAACCUUGGAGUCGCCUACACAUUGAUUUCGCUGGUCCAGUUAAUGGAGAAGUAUUUUUAAUCGUAGUAGACGCGUACAGCAACUGGGCUGAGGUCGAAAUCAUGUCAUCCAUGAAAGCUACAGCUGUCGUCACCAGCUUAAGGAAGAUUUUUGCGACACAUGGUGUGCCAGACGUUAUCGUUUCGGAUAAUGGCACAGCAUUCACUAACUCGGAGUUGCAAACGUUUUUAAAGUGCAAUGGUGUGCGUGCUAUUUUCACUGCUCCUUACAAUCCCGCCAGUAAUGGUAGGGCGGAGAGAAUGGUAAGAGAAGUUAAAGAAGCGGUAAAGAAGCAACAGGAACGUUCAACGCAGUGCGGGAUUUCGCGGUUCCUGUUUAAACAGCACACGACGCCGCAUUUGGUCACGGGGACAUCUCCGGCAGAAUUGAUGUUCGGACGAAGGCUGAGGACAGCCUUGGACAGACUUCAUCCGGACCGGCAAUACGUGCCUGAACCGCAACGACCGGAGAUUAAGAGGUUGCACGUCGGUGACGUGGUCUAUGCUAAAAGCUUUUGUCCAGGUCCAAGGUGGAAGGCGGCCAGGGUUGUGGCAGUGCGAGGCCCGGUGUCGUACAUCGUCCAGCUGGACAACGGCGAACGCCAUCACAGGCACCGGAACCAGUUGAGGAGCGCCUGGACGAGGCUCGAAGCCGAUCCAGUCUCAAGUGCAGACUACCACGUCAGGCUGCCUCCUACAGCCAGACGACCACAACAGCUGCCGGUCAGCACGGAAGCAGCCGCAGGGGCAAGACCGGGCCAAGCUACCCAAGACCCGGUCGAGACGCGAAGAUCAACACGCGUUAGACGGCCUAUCGCACGUUAUGGCAUUGAUGACUAACCAGACAUUUUGCAAUUGUGUAAAGAAUCUUAGGGGAAAGGAAUGUUGUAUACUGAUAUCGCGUGUCACCCUACAUUUUCAUGAUAAUCGCUUAUCGGCCACGCAAGCAGCAGUCGGCAGAUCACAUGUUCAUCACCCUAUAAAAAGGGCACGGCAUCAAUACACGUUGUCUAUUCCACCCUGGCGUCCGGCUGAUAAGCCACAGUCCCCAAAGCCCUCAUUUGCUGUAGCCACAUAUUGUUGAUAUCUAGAAAGCUAAUUACCAUAAUCUCGGUUAUCAUCCACGUAAUUGCGGAAAUUGAUCUGUAUUUAGAGGCUGCAAAUCCGUAUACGCGCAUGGUAAACAUAACGUUACCGUGAUUUAUAUUCUUUUUAACACUUGGUGCAGCUAAAAAAAACACCCUAUAAGUAGGAGCUUGAAUAGGCAGGAAGAAAAGGAGAACAUACCAGAGUAGCACUAUACUCUCAGGUAGAUAGCGACGACGAAGAAUAUAAAAACAGCACAACAAAAAGGUUACCAUCAUCCACGUUCAAGAUACGCGAGUUCCCUCGUGAGAGCGACAUCGAAGGCCCACUCACGCACAUAAAGCCUUUUUUGGUCGCUUCAAAAGGCCUGGUAUAUCUCACAUGCACGCCGGUUACCAUAGUGCCUCAGUAUUUUGCAUCGAUUAAAUAAAGCUCAACCACAACGCGAGCUAUGCGCGGCUAUGUCUUUGCCAACAGAACCCCUUCAUUAAAUUGGAACGUUCUCUGGGGCGGUCAUUUACGCAACGGCCACUUUGGCCGAUGUAGCUUCGACCGCACGAUAGGAUAAUCACAUACACUACCUUGUGGCAGCAAUACAUUAUCUUAUUUCGUUUUCCUUAUCACACAUGCGAGGCCUCGUGUCUU